AUGGCACUAGAAUUCGCCGACUCCUACGGCGGGGGUUCAGGCAUUGAUAUCGAUGCUCUCUAUUUUUCAGAAUCCUGUGGCCUUUGCAGGUUUCGAUUGGACCACGGUGACAUAGUCAUUUCAUACCGUGAAAACACAGAGCCCAUCAAAUACACUUUUGGGGGCCUUGACUCCCCUCGUCGUACGAAUAGGAUGAUAUAUCACCUUGCAUGUGUAGAGUGUACUUCUCGGACCUUGAUCUUCGAUAGUCAAUUGUCUUACGAUGUACCUGUGGCGACCUUUCUUGGAGGUCGGUUUGACAUGCACAGUUCGCUGUCUCGACGUCGUAUCCACUGGCUGAACCGCACCUUCGGACAACAUUUGUUCGAUCUUCGUCUCGGGCUUCUACCUCAGGAAAUUUGCUGCGAAAUUGCGGCCGACUGCAAGGAGCAAAUGGUUCGUGUGUUCCAACGGCUCUGGUCGAAGAGUGAUAGUCACAAAGCAGGAAAUAUAUCGGUUCCGAUUGAAACUAAUACGGUGCUAUGGGCGGAGUAUGUCAACUAUGAGGGCAGUCGGUACAUUCGGUCAUUAUCCUAUGAAUCGCGCGGCGGAGACGAGGAAGUCGUCCUUGAUAGAAAGGCCAUCACGAAGCCCCUCAACGUUUUCAUCCGUCACAACGGCCGUGGAGUCAACAAGGUCAUCUUCACUAAAUGUGAAGAGCGGCCUAACUGGCACGUUUUAUCUGAAAGCAAGAUUCGAUAUACGAUGGAUAUUCCUCCUACAACAGUCAAGCUCUGGCCAAGAGUUCCACUUCCCAGAGAUUCUGAUUCCCGCAUUUCUCACACAUAUGUGCGAUCCAUGGAGUGGAAUAAACCCAAUACCGUGGCCUAUUCUUUCUGCCUUGUCGGCAGUGCGAUUGUUCAGUGUAAUUCUCACCAGGACGGAAAUCCAUUAGGGUCUGGAGAAUCCGACCCAAGGCUAAGCCGUGAAGAGAUCAUGCGGCUUUUCUUCCCUAUGAACCCUAACGAGAAAGUCUCUGAACUCUGGGUUCGUAGUUUUCAUGAAACACUAUCCACGCUCAUAGUUGUCACAAAUCACGGCCGCAAUCUUGUCCUUGGAACACAUGAAGAUAUACCAGGUGCAACCUACCAUUGCGUUGCCAAGUUACCUGAGGAAACUCCUUCCCGCAUGUUUUACACAGGCGACUUCGAUGGUUUGCCUGCAUCCAGCGUCGCGUGGCUUCAUUUCGAUUCAGUGUCCACAUGGGAGAAUCCAAUGAAGUAUGAAAGACAGUGCGAUUUCGAGGGCACAACAGGCUCUUUUUAUUCGUCUGCAAGUCUUGAUAAUGUCAGGCAGGUCACUCCCUGCAUGAACAGCUAUGACUGUAGAGACACCGAGACAGGUUUGCUCUUUACCUACACUAAUGGUACUCGUAGUUGUGUCGGUGACUUUCACUUUGAUCCUGAACAAUGGAAUCACUCAUUGCCGGUAGAUUCAGAUGCCAUGUGGGCAGUAUACCUAGAUUCGAAUUGGCAGGAGUCGAAGGCCAGCAAGCACACCAUCAUGUACGGAUUCGAUUCAGACACUGUAAAUUUCAGACCACUCUCCUGGUACUAUGAAGGAUACGAUGAUGACAAUUCUCUCAUGGAUGACAAUGAUGGACGUCAGGAACGCCGGACAACCUUUGUAGUUCCCAUGAGCGGACGACUCGACUGGACCAGGGAUGCGGGCUCAGGCAAAUGUGAAUUGUCACAUCACCCGUCCGGGGAACCAAAAGACGAGAUGCGUUGUAUUCUCGCCAAAUACGCUGCUUCUGAUGCGGCCGAACAGAAACCGAUUGUCAAAUCGUUGACGCUCCUCCUUGGGAAUGUUGAUCCAAACAAUAUUGAUAAGGUCUACCGAGAGGCCGAAAACAACGGCAACUACGCAAUCUACGGACUUUGA